AUGUCAGAUAUUAUUCCAAAUUUUAUAUUCAAAAAGAAUCCAAAGAAAAUUAGAAAGACGUACAUAAAAAAACAGCACAACUUAGAUAAUGGCGAAAAUGAUAUUAAUAAUGAAGACAAAGAUUCAAAAAAUGAAUUAUAUAAUCAAAAUUCUUUUAUAGAAACAAAAGUAUAUCAAUUUAUGGCUCAAUUACACAGUAAAAAUGUAAUCAAUAAUAAUCUAUUAAUGGAAGAAAUCCACCAUGCUUUAGUGACUAGUAAAUCUCCCAAUUUACCAUUUAAUAUCUCGAAACAUUAUUAUAACAAUAAAAGAACUAUGUUAGUCAAUUGUACGGAAAAUGACUGGAAUGAAGAUGAUGUAAAAAUAAGUAUGCCUUCAAAUAAAAAGAACUAUAUGGUACCUGAUAAUGACUCAGUUGAUGAUGACACCACAUUAGUUAUGUCAGAAGUUUCACUUAAUAAUAAAAACAAUAAAAAUAGAAAAAAGAGAUUCUUUGGUAAGAAUCACCAAAUAACAAGAAUGAAAAGUAAUUUGAAAUAUCAACAUGAUUAUGAUUUUCUGAUAAAUAACGACCUACCGCUAUAUUCGAAAUUAUUAAAUUUGAUAAACAUAAUAUGUGAUGAAGAUGAUAUGAGCAAUGACGAAAAUAUUAAUAAUGACAGUUUUAAACAAUAUUUUCUUAAAUGGAAGUUACAAGAAUUUUUUAGUUAUUGUUCUAAUCAUAAAGAUAUAAAAAUUUCGAAAACUCGAUUUUUUAUGAUGUUUUUAUUAAUCAAAUUGAAUUUAUCUAUGGACGAGAGUCCAUCACUUAUAACAUUUUUAAUUAAACUAAUACCUUUAUCUAUUAAUGACACAUUUUCAAUACAUUGUAUUGAUAAUGUCAGCAAAUUAACGAGAAUCACAUUAAAAAGUUUUCUUAAAUUUCAUAACUUGGAAAAGGUUACUAAUCAUCAUCUAGCAAUCAAAUUAUGGUCAUUUUAUUCACAUCAAUUACCACAAUUAAUACCGUAUAUCCAAAGCUUAAAUUUACACUUAGAUAAUAGAGAAGAUGAUAUUGCUAUUCAUUCAAAAUAUAAGACAAACAAUUGCAUAUUUAUUUCAAAUAUCAUUAUUCAAUUUGGUCAAUUGAUAAUGGAUGAUACAGAUUUAAAUUAUUUCUUACUUAAUUUGUUCAUAAAUCAUUGGAUAGUUAUACUGUAUGAUAAAAUUUCUAUCAUGGCAUUCAUAAUAUUAACAAAUAAUAAAUAUUUAUUCCUAAAAUUAAAUGCAACUAAAAUCAAUGAAAUUGUCUCAAAGAUUGUCUCUAUGAGAUAUAAAUGUUUAAAUGAAACAGAUAACGAUGAUAUUAUACAAUUGCAAAUCUGCCAAUUUGCACUCUGUUUAAAUAUAAUUGAAUUAAUUAAUAAAGAUAUUCAAAUCGAUGAGUGGGAUUUAAUAAUUAAUAAAGUAGUUGAAAAGCACAUUAACAAUAAAGAUAGUUCUAAUUUUAAUAUUGAAGAAAAGAAUAAUGACAGGGAAUAUCUGUUGGGAUUAUUCAUAUUAAUUUUAUUACUUAUCGAAUACUAUUCACAAAAUAGAAAGUAUAAAAUCACACAUUUUGAUAAUAAAAACAAAUUAAUUAUUAUUUUAAAAAAAUUUAAAUUGCUUACGAGUGAUAAUAUUAAAAUAAUUGAAAAUAUUGAUUUAAUUGUUGAAAAUUUUAAAUAA